AUGUCCGGCCCAAUCACCUCUGCCGCUCAACAGGUUUUCACUGCUGUAGUGCAAGACGAGAAGACUGCUGACCUUCAAAAAGACAUCCUCGACCCCAAGGCGAUUUCGGCAAAGGGCCUAACUACCGAUCAUGGCGUCAGUGUCUCUAACACGGAUCACUGGCUCAAAGUCCACGAUGCCGCUCAUACUGGUCCCUCCCUCUUGACUGACCAGAUCGGCCGCGAGAAGAUUCAUCGGUUCGACCAUGAACGUAUUCCUGAGCGGGUGGUUCAUGCUCGGGGUGCCGGCGCCCAUGGGUAUUUUAAGAUAUUCAACGACAGCGCCUCGAAGUACACACAUGCCCCGGUGCUCACGGAUACUUCCAGGACGACUCCCGUCUUCGUACGAUUCAGCACCGUCCAAGGCUCUCGGGGUUCCGCAGACACAGUGCGAGACGUCCGCGGUUUUGCAGUCAAAUUCUAUACUCAAGAAGGCAAUUGGGAUAUCGUUGGCAACGACAUCCCCGUGUUCUUCAUACAGGAAGCCAUGAAGUUUCCGGACCUUGUACAUGCGGUGAAGCCCGAACCACAAAACGAAGUUCCACAAGGUCAAAGUGCGCAUAACAACUUCUGGGACUAUGUCGGCCUACAGCCUGAAUCCGCACACAUGGUGAUGUGGGUGAUGUCCGACCGCGGUAUCCCUCGUUCGUAUCGCAUGAUGCAAGGCUUCGGAGUCAAUACAUACUCGUUGAUGAAUGCGAAGGGCAAGCGGCACUUCGUCAAAUUUCACUUCUUACCAGAGUUGGGCGUCCAUAGCCUCAUGUGGGACGAGGCGCUCAAACUCGCAGGACAGGACCCGGACUUCCAUCGCAAAGACCUCGAGGAAGCAAUUCAAACGGGGGCGUAUCCGAAGUGGAAAUUUGCUAUACAAACGAUUGCCGAGGGACGCGAGGAGGAGUUUGACUUUGACAUCCUAGACGCAACCAAGAUCUGGCCAGAGGAGCUUGUACCGCUCCAGGAAAUCGGAGAGCUGGUUCUGAACAGGACCGUCGACGAAUACUUCCCAGAGACAGAACAGGUCGCAUUUUGCACGUCUCAUGUCGUACCAGGCAUCGGGUUCAGCGACGAUCCACUUCUGCAGGGACGCAACUUCUCGUACUUUGACACGCAGAUCACUCGGUUGGGUGUCAAUUGGGAGGAAUUGCCUAUCAAUCGCCCUGUUUGUCCUGUGCUGAAUCAUCAGAGGGAUGGAGCAAUGCGACACAGAAUUACGAAAGGGAACAUCAACUACUGGCCUAAUCGCGAGGGUGUUGGAAGACCUGUACCUGUUGCGGAAGGCGGUUAUCUGGACCCAGCACAAACAGUUGCGGGGAUUAAGCAACGGGCGCGCGGUACCAAGUUCCAGGAACACUUCAAUCAAGCACAGCUCUUCUACAAUUCGCUUGCACCUCACGAGAAGGCGCAUCUAAUAGCAGCCAUCUCGUUCGAACUCAGCCACUGCGACGAUUCUAUUGUUUAUGAAACAUAUUCGCGCGUCCUCAACAACAUUGACUUCGAGCUCGCGAAACAAGUGGCGACGAAUGUAGGCGGUGUCAUUCCAGAUAAGCCUGCACGAAGCAACCAUGGACAGUCGACACGGACGCUUUCGCAGAUGUACUAUACUCCCAAAGAAGCGACAAUCGCAUCGAGGCGCAUCGCCAUUUUGCUAGCGGAUGGUUUUGAUAAGGUGGAAGUCGAGAGCCUCAGGGCUGUCCUGAAGACGGGUCAAGCGACGACAUGGGUCAUUGGUCCCAGACGAGGAACUAUUCGCGCCAAUGGUAGUCGUGAAGGGAUCUGGGCUGAACACCACUUUGAGGGACAGAGGAGCACAAUGUACGAUGCGCUUAUUGUCCCGAGUGGGGCAGCACACGCGCAGGCUUUGGCAGUCAAUGGACGAGCGGUGCAUUGGGUGAGAGAGGCAUUUGGGCAUUGCAAAGUGAUUGGGGCAAUAGGAGAAGGCGUUGCGUUCUUACGCGAAGCUGUGCAGCUACCUGGGGUACAGCUAUCGACCGAUAAAUCAAGCAAUGCACUCACAUCGUACGGUGUCGUGACUGUGGGUAGAUACAACGCCGGGUCUGCGGACGUGUUAAAAAUUGGAGGCGAGAAGGGCUUCGUGAACGUGUUUGCGUUUGAAGUGAGUAAGCAUCGUUGCUACGAGCGAGAGAUGGAUGGUUUGGCGUCGAAGGUCGCCUUUUGA